GUCACUAGUUUGGUUCAAACUGAAGAUUUUCUCUCUUGAUGGUAUGCAACUUCCAAUUUGGCGAGACAUGUUUUCUGGUUGAUGCAGCUUACCACUGUUGCUGGGUUCAUAUGGUGGUUUGUUUACCCUGAAAGUGGUCCCAAACUACCAUUUACUGAAUUGGUAAGUUAUUAUAGCACAAGAUGUUGCAUGAUUCAGAUUUCCAUUAAUCAUCUUAAAAAAAAAAAAAAAUUCUUGUUACUUUUGGAUAGCUCUGCAAUUCUGCUGAUGUUCAGUUUAUCUCCCAAUUUUGUGGUUGUGAUAAUUUUUUGUGGGAUUUCUGAAACAACUAUGCUUCUGUUUAUUCUUAAGCAUUCCACCCUCUUCGAUUGCCUUCCAAGUUGUCAGUGCUUUAGUCAAACCCUUUUUCUUGGUAUUGGUCAUCAAACAAUAGUCAAUCCCCUUUUUUUCCCUCAAACAAUAGAUCUAGUCAAACCUAGGAGCACGUUUGGAGGGAUGGAUAAAACGUCGGAUAGCACACAAAAUUUGUCUUGUCCCAUUGUAUCCCACGUUUGGGAUGCCUAGAGGAUGGGAUUCUUCGUAUCCCAUUGUUUACACCAUAAAUUGCAAAAUUUUAAAUUAAUGUCACAUGUAAAAUUUUUAUUGGCUGGAGGAGUUUGAGCCAUGUCAGAUUCGGAUUCUGGGCUCCAUGACAGAUCAGCACAUGUGGUGGCAAGAUAGGAAAGGUAAAGAUAAUGUUUUAUGGAGUAAUUAUCUUCUUGAAACAGAAAGAGAUAAUGGCAGCUGGAAAAUAGGGGAGGAUCACAAUUAAAAAGGGGAUUUUAUCUGAUAAAGUACAGGUAGCGAAAUAUGAAAGGGGAUUAGACUAGAUAAAAAGGUGAGGUGUCCCACUACUCCAACAAACUACCCAUGGUUGAGUAACUGCCGGCACAAGAAGAAUAAAAAGGAAACUUUGGCAAGAGGAACACACGGCCAGCCCUACUCAAACAUCAGCAAAUUUUCAUACUUUGAUUUUCUCUGCACAUGCUUCCAGAUUUCGGUUUUUAGCACAGAUUUCGUAUUCCAGUACAGAUUCCAUUAGAAUUAGGUUGUUUUUCAUCAUUCCAGUAGACAAAUUAAUUCCUAUAUUCAGUUAAACAAUUUCCUUUUAUGCAAUGAACUUCAAUCCUUCAAGUUUAUGCAAGGUAUUGUUUUCUUUUCAUUUGUAAUUGAUUUAAUGUUUAUGUUAAGUAGCAUUGCUUCAAUGAUUACUUAUGUGGCUUUCAUGCUUCUUUCUAAUUUCAAGUUCUUCAAUUUCUUCACUGUUCAGGUUUAAAUUUUAGUGUUAAUUUAGGAGUAAAUUUCCAGUUCUGCA